AUGGCCGACGGCGGAGGCUGGAGCACGAUCGAGUCGGAUGAGGGCGUCUUCACCUCCCUGAUCGAGAAUCUCGGCGUCCAAGACGUCCAGUUCGAGGAACUCAUCUCCCUCGACGCAGACACAAUCCGGUCCCUCAGCCCCGUCUACGGCGUCAUCUUCCUCUUCAAAUGGAUCCGCGAACCCCCCUCAACAAACACCACCCAACCCCUCGACGGCACCUUCGUCACCUCCCUCCCUGAGAACCUCUUCUUUGCCGGCCAAACCAUCCAAAACGCCUGCGGCACCCAGGCCAUCCUCUCCGUCAUCCUAAACCAGGACUCCGCCUCAUCAACACCCUACCCCAUCAACAUCGGCCCGGAGCUCGGCUCCUUCAAGGACUUCACGACAGGCUUCCCUCCAGACCUCCGCGGCGAGGCCCUCUCCAACUCGGAGAUCAUCCGCACCGCCCACAACGCCUUCGCGCGCGCCUCGCCCUUCGUCGAUGAGACCGCGCGCACGGCCCAGGACGAGGAGGCAGAUGUCUACCAUUUUAUUGCGUACACGCCUGUCAACGGGGUGCUGUAUGAGCUUGAUGGGCUGCAGCCGCAUCCGAUUAGCCAUGGCGAGUGCGAUGGCGAGACGUUCCCCGAGAAGGUGAUCGAGGUUUUGCAGCGGCGCAUUGCGCGGUAUCCCGAGGGGGAGACGCGGUUUAACCUUAUGGCGGUGGUGAGGGAUUUGAGGGUCCGCGCCCGGGAGACGGGGGAUGUGGAGCUGUUGGAGCGGGAGGCGAGGAAGAGGCGCGCGUGGGCGUGGGAGAAUACCCUGCGCCGGUGGAACUUUGUAGGUUUCAUCGGGGAGAUGAUUAAGGGGGUGGCCGGGAUGAAGGAGAAGGAGGGGCCUGGGGCGUAUGAGGCGUGGGUGGAGAAGGCGAAGCAGGAAACUCAGAAGAGAUUGUUGAGUCGGAGAGGUUAA